AUGGACCGUGUACGGGUCGCAGAAGCUCGUCACACUGAAGUUCGAACCAGAUCGGUCGCCCUGCAGCAAGAAGUGCGAGAGCGUGCAAGCGCACGACAGGCAACGUCAUCGCAGAUGCAGAACGCACUGCGAACGCAGCUGGCAGAGGCUGAAGCAGCGCAGCAGCGCCUUAAAGAAGCAAGGGCCGGCACGGACUUCGUGGCAACGGAAGUGACGCGAGCCAAAGAGGCCGCUCUAGCGACCAACAUGGACUGUGAGCGGCUUAGCUCGCAGUGCCGGGAGGAACAGAAGACCUUGCAGGAGACGGCGGACCAAAUCCAGGAAGAGGAAGCAUGGUACACCAGGUGCGAGCGUGAGCGGCAGCGGCUUCGGGCUGAAGUGGAGGCCGUGAUGCAGCGAAUAUCCUCACAAGAAGAGGACUUGGCCGCAGGUUACGAGCGUGACCGCGUCCGUCGAAGUGGCUUGCGUGAGCUCGAGACGAAGUUGGCAGAUGCAGGCCGCCAGCGGCAGGUGGUGGAGAAGCGAGUGCAGACCAUGGAGGAGGAGGUGGUCAGCGCCCAGAAGCAGGUCGGUUUGUACCAGGACCGCCUGGAAAGCCUCCAGCAGAAGCUGCUCUCUGCGGAGGAGGAGCUGCAGCAGGAGAAGCUUGGCUUGGAAACCCGCAGCCGAGAGAGGCUUCUGUUGGAGCAGCAGGAGGCCGCGGCGAGGGAGGGCCUCGAGAAGCUUCGAUCUCUGAAGGUGCAGCUGGAGGAGGCCCUGAAAGAGAACGUGGAGGCUCACAGCCAGCUGAAGGCCGCGACGUUGGCACAGCAAGCGUCCGAGGAGCUCUGUGCGACUCUCGAUGCGAGGCACAAGGAGGCGCUGACACGCCUCUCCAGCGCCGCCGAGGGCACUGCUGCAGCCACGGCAGACCUGGAACGUUGGCAGCAGCGCCUGCAGGGUCUCGGUGAUUCUGUCCGCCAGCAGAGGUGCGUUCUGCAGGAACUCGAGGAGAGCAGCAAGGGUGCGAAUACCGUGAGCCUCUCUCUCCAGGAGGAGCUGCAGCGCGUCUUCAUCGUUACCGAGAAGCUCCGUCAAGAGCGGGAGGAGGUUACCACUGUGACGGCCGACAUCCAGUCCAAGCUUCGCAACGCUGAGUCCUCUUUGGACGCCGCGAGGCGGCGGACGAGAGAGCUGGAGGCCCAUGUGGAGGAUGCACAAAGCGAGACGCUGCGAGCCCGCCAGCAGAAGGAAAGCUUGUUGCUGGAGGUGCAGCAGAGCCGCGAGAAGAUGCGUGGGCUCCGCAAAAGACACACGAUGUUGGUUGAGAAGGUGCAGAAUGCCGAGAAGAGGCUACUGCGCGCCCCUGCCGUCGCACCAGGAGCUGCGAUAGAGAGGUCCCGACGUCAUCGCAAAGACCCGGCGGUCGAGGUGACUCAGGCGUCCCAAAAUGUCGAUCUUGAGCAGCUUAAGAAGCAGCACAAGAAGGCCUGUGAACGCGUCAAGAAGCUCGCAACCAAGAUGGGUGGGGCUGAUGACAAGAAGUCAGCAGACUUUGAUUCUGACAUCCUUCUGCUGACUUGUUUUCGGUGCCUGCAUCGCUACUACGAUCCGUCGCCGAAGACACAUCUCGGAAAGCGCGAAGAGUGGCCUGUUGUCGCAUUGGGAGCUGUUUGGCUGAGUGGCAAGAUCACCAACCUGCCGAAGCGUGCGAAGAUCAUGACAAAGCUGCAUGAUGGCGUCGCAAACGAACGCAAUCCCGAUGCUCUCAUCCAAGACUCAACCGAAAAGGAUCACGACCAGCUUGUCGCCCGCAUGCUCGGGGUGGAGUCGCAGAUGCUCUAUCUCCUCGGCUUCAACUUCGCCUGUGAGCAAUGGUCUCCAAAGCCAAAGCUGCAGAAGAAAGUGCACCGACUGGUUGAGUACCUGUUCUCCCUGCCUGCGUGGCAGAAUGCUACUAGAACGCCCCCGCAAAGAUCACAAGACAGCGGAAGGAAGCUCAUUCUGGCCAACGCACUUCGCUUCUACAUGCAGCUGGCAGAGACGAAAGACAUUGGGGACGUCAAUACCCAUCUCCUUGAUGCAGUUAUGGUCAUGGCGUACAAAUUCUACAUCAAAGGCGCCGAGUUCGCAGAGAACAGUGACGUGUUCGACCUUGUGGUGCGCAGCCAAUCGGACGGCGACCCCGCGAGCUUGGCCUCGGAAGGCUCUCCGAGGGACUCUGAGGCCACGCCCAGGUCGGACGCGAAAGAGACCGAAGAGGAUCAGAAGGAGAAUGAGGCCAAGGAGGCCAAGGAGGCUCAGAAGGACGGCGAAGCCGUCAAAAGCGAGAAGGUGAAGCUCCGACUGACAAAGGGAGAGACCGAUGCCAAGGACCCGAAGGAUGCCAAGCGGGACAGACCCGAAGAUGCGGCGAAUGGCCGGGAAGCGAAAUGCAGGAGAACGGAUAGAAACAAGGCGCUCAUCAAAGAGAAGAUGGAGAUGGUGGCGGCCCCUGCCCCUGCCCCAUCACGAGCUCCAGAAGAGCAGAAGGAGGUUGCUGCAACCCCGGUCGCCACGGCAGAGGCAGAGAGCCUCGCCUACCUGAGGCAAUGGGUGGAGUUGGAAGAGGCCCGCUUGGGUGUGGCCCGGACACCUCCGAAGCCGAGCCCUGCCCCGCUCAGUGCGUCCGGGCAGACCGGCAUGAGGCCCGCCGCAAGCGCUACAUCUUCCUCCGCUGCGCUGGCAGCACUUAGUGCCGGCGCCGACACACGAGAGGUAUUGGCACUCUUCGACAAUCCACCAGUGCCUUCGACGGAGUGCAACGGAACUAGCAGGUGUGGUUUGCUGACAUUCCAGCGCGGUUCUGCGAUCAGCAUGCAGAAUGGAAAGCAAGAGUCGUUUUUUUCAAACAAGAUGGAAAAUUUCCUUUCCGAUGCGCGGAAAGAAGAGCAGGAGCGGCGGCGGGUAGCCAUGGAAGAGGCCGUGCGUCAGGCGAAGCUUGGGACAGCAGCACGAAAUGCAAGUCCAGAGGCGCCGCCUGUGCGAUCGCCUGUUCGAUCCGUGACCGGUGGCAACUCGCUGCCCGGCCAUCCAGCCGUGAACAAGGCCGAGAACAUCUUGGCAUCUCACACGCACACAUUGCAGAUUCACAUCCCAAAGGUUUCUGCGAUGCCGGUUGCGACAGAGGCUGCGAUCUCCAAGCAUCCUGGACAGAUGCAGCGCGUCGCAAUGGUGCCCGCUUCGCAGGUGCUGGUCGAGCCAGCUAGGCUGACCACCACCGGCUUGACUUCGGAGUUGAGACCGCAUGACUUGUUGAAAGUGCUGAAUCCAAAGCCGGAGCCCUUCCACAUUGAGAUUGAGGCACAGGAACAGUCUUUACUUCUGGCUCGACGCAGCUGCUGUUUCUGGGACUGCCAAGGCGAAGGCCUCCAGUGA